GGGGGAUUGAUGGUAGUAAAAGCAGAAAAGCAAGAUAACUGUUUAUCAAGAUUCUCCUCUCCCAUCAAAUUCAAGAGUUUCUGUAUUCUAUUAAAGAAGCUAAUUGACCAAGAAACUGAAUUCCAGGAGAAGAAGGAACAAGAAAAGGAAAAAAGGGUCGCCGCCCUGAAAGAGGAGUUGACCAAACUGAAGUCUUUUGCUUUGAUGGUGGUAGACGAACAACAAAGGCUAACAGCACAGCUUGCCCUUCAAAGACAAAAAAUCCGAGACCUAACCACAAGCACAAAGGAAACGCAUGCUAAACUAGCCCUUGCUGAAGCCAGGGUUCAGGAAGAAGAGCAGAAGGCAACCAGACUAGAGGAAGAACUGCAAACGCAGACCACAAAGUUUCACCAGAACCAAGAAAUAAUUAUGGCGAAGCUCACCAAUGAGGACAGCCAAAAUCGCCAGCUUCGACAAAAGCUGGCAGCACUCAGCCGGCAAAUUGAUGAGUUAGAAGAGACAAACAGAUCCUUACGGAAAGCAGAAGAGGAGCUCCAAGAUAUAAAAGAAAAAAUAAACAAGGGAGAAUACGGAAACUCGAGUAUCAUGGCCGAGGUGGAAGAGCUCAGGAAACGUGUGCUAGAAAUGGAAGGGAAGGAUGAAGAGCUCAUAAAAAUGGAGGAGCAGUGCAGGGAUCUCAAUAAGAGGCUCGAAAAGGAAACAUCACAGAGUAAAGACUUUAAACUCGAGGUUGAAAAACUCAAUAAAAGGAUUAUGGCUCUGGAAAAAUUAGAAGAUGCUUUCAACAAAAGCAAACAAGAAUGUUACUCUCUAAAAUGCAACUUAGAAAAAGAAAGGAUGACCACAAAGCAGUUGUCUCAAGAACUGGAGAGUUUAAAAAUAAGGAUCAAAGAGCUAGAAGCCAUUGAAAGUCGGCUGGAAAAGACAGAAUUCACCCUAAAAGAAGAUUUAACUAAACUGAAAACAUUAACUGUGAUGCUGGUAGAUGAAAGGAAAACAAUGAGUGAAAAAUUAAAGCAAACUGAAGAUAACUUACAAGCUGCUUCUUCUCAGCUUCAAGUGGAACAAAAUAAAGUGACAACAGUUACUGAGAAGUUAAUUGAGGAAACUAAAAGGGCACUGAAGUCAAAGACGGAGGUGGAAGAAAAAAUGUACAGUGUAACCAAGGAGAGAGAUGAUCUAAAAAACAAACUGAAAGCAGAAGAAGAGAAAGGAAAUGAUCUCCUGUCCAAAGUUAAUAUGUUGAAAAACAAGCUUCAAUCUUUGGAAGCAAUGGAGAAAGAUUUCCUUAAAAACAAACUAAAUCAGGAUUCUAGUAAGUCCACAACAGCAUUACACCAAGAAAACAAUAAGAUUAAAGAGCUUUCUCAAGAAGUAGAAAGAUUGAGACUGAGGUUAAAGGAUAUGAAAGCCAUUGAGGACGACCUCAUGAAAACAGAAGAUGAGUAUGAGACCCUAGAACGAAGGUACGCUAAUGAACGAGACAAAGCUCAAAUUUUAUCUGAAGAGCUGGAGCAUGUUAAAAUGGAACUUGCCAAGUACCAGUUAGCAGAAAAGACAGAGUCCAGCCAUGAACAAUGGCUUUUCAAAAGGCUACAAGAAGAAGAAACUAAAUCAGGGCAUCUCUCAAGAGAAGUAGAAGCACUGAAAGAGAAAAUUCAUGAAUACAUGGCAACUGAGGACCUGAUAUGUCACCUCCAGGGAGACCAUUCAGUUCUGCAAAAGAAACUCAAUCAACAAGAAAACAGGAACAGAGAUUUAGGAAGAGAGAUCGAAAACCUCACUAAAGAGUUAGAGAGGUACCGGCAUUUCAGUAAGAGCCUACGACCUAGUCUCAAUGGAAGAAAAAUCUCUGACCCUCAAGUAUUUUCCAAAGAAGUGCAGACAGAAGCAGUAGACAAUGAACCACCCGAUUAUAAGAGUCUCAUUCCUCUGGAACGAGCAGUCGUCAAUGGUCAGUUUUAUGAGAGUGAGGACCAGGAUGAGGAUCCUAAUGAGGAGGAAUCUGUGCUGUCCUUCAAAUGCAAUUCAUCUAUUCCCUGUCCUGUUAACAGGAAGCUGUGGAUUCCUUGGAUGAAGUCCAAGGAGGGCCAUCCUCAGAAUGGAAAAAUACAAACUAAACCCAAUGGCAACUUCAUGCAACCUGGAGAUCUAGUCCUAAGCCACACACCUGGGCAGCCGCUUCAUAUAAAAGUUACUCCAGACCAUGUUCAAAACACAGCCACUCUUGAAAUCACAAGUCCAACCACAGAGAGUCCUCACUCUUACACAAGCACUGCUGUGAUACCAAACUGUGGCACCCCAAAGCAAAGGAUAACCAUCCUCCAAAACGCCUCCAUAACACCGGUGAAACCCAAAACCUCUGCUGAAGGCCUCAUGAAUUUAGAGCAAGGCAUGUCCCCAGUUACCGUGGCAGCCUUUGCCAGAGCACAGACCCCAGAGUCUAGUGGUUCUAUAACUCCAGAAAGGACAAUGUCGCCUAUUCAGGUUUUGGCUGUGACUGGUUCAGCUGGCUCUCCUGAGCAGGGACGCUCCCCAGAGCCAAUAGAAAUCAGUGCCAAGCAUGCAAUUUUCAGAGUCUCCCCAGAUGGGCAGUCAUCAUGGCAGUUUCAACGUUCAAACAGUAAUAGUUCAAGUGUGAUAACUACUGAGGAUAAUAAAAUCCACAUUCACUUAGGAAGUCCUUACAUGCAAGCUGUAGCCAGCCCCAUGAGACCUGCCAGCCCUUCAACACCACCGCAGGAUAACCGAACUCAAUGCUUACCUAACGGAGCACUAAACAAAACAACCAAUAAAGUCACCAGCAGUAUUACUAUCACACCAACAGCCACACCUCUUCCUCGACAAUCACAAAUUACAAUCAAGGAGGUAUGCAAGCAGAGAAUCCCAACGUGGAUCCCUAAACCAAGAUCUACAGGCACCAAUAAGCCUUACCCUAAAGCUCCCCCAGGGCCAAUGGAUAAGCCUAUUCACCACACUGGCUAUGGGAAGCUACACAUCAUAAGGACUGUAACCUCCAACACUUUCCUCCACAUGGGAGGGAAAAGGUAAGUCAUGCCACUGCACUGCCUGGAUAAAUUCAUCUACAGAAACACCUGGAAAGCUGCAGUUGCCACUAUGGAAGGCCAAAGAGGAAAAGCCAUCUCUCCAGGAAAUGGCGAAGCAGCAAAUGACAGUUUAUUCACAGGUGGCUGGAUCUGUGAAUAUUAUGAAAGAGCAUAAUGAAAGAGCAGCACAUCUACAAUUAUUUUUACUAAUAUGUGCAAAUGCAGAUACACACAAUCACUGGCCCACAAAUACCCCUCAAAUCCUCAUCCUACAGUAAUCCAACCCCAAAUUGGGACUAUUUACAUUAUGCUAGGACAGGACUGAAUUCACGUGAAUAGUUCAAGAGUUUUCUGGUGAACCCAGAAGUAAUCCUUCUUUCCACAGAACUUUACUGAAUCAUAUUUUGCUAAGAAGAUGUGCUGGUGCGAAUUCCUAAUCUGCUUCAAGAAAGUAAUAUUAUUUCAUUCAAAAUGAGGGGAAUAUUAACAUCGCACUUAAGGUCUAAAACUAUGAUUUCCUUAUGAGCUGGAGAAAAAAAAUAAGUGGUAAUUCUUAGUUAAGAAAGAAAAGAAUAACGAAAAUGAGUAACAGCUGAACACACCCUUUAUGUAGCCUAGCUGAUAAUUGCUGGUGCACUGUGCACACUUGACUUCUGAUACUUACCCCAUUUUUCUAGUAAGUUGCUCCCCCUGUAUAUACCAGGCCAUGGAUUAUACUAUAAGGCAAUCAUAGGCUUGUAAGGCAAACCAUUUCAAAUUGGUAUUGCUACUUUCUAUUGUAGAAGCAAUAGGGACAUUUGAGAGUUAAAGUUCAGUAACAUCGAGAAAUUUUAGGGAAAUGUGAAUCAUUGUCCUGAGUGUUAAAAUAAAAUGACAUACUAUAUCAUAGGACACUCUUUAAUCAACAUCUCUUCCCUGAAUCAACUCUAUAGAAAAAUCAGUUGAUUAAACAAACACUUGUCAUCAGGAGACUCAAAUUCCAACCUUAGUUUUUCACUCAUUUGACACUGAGCUUGGCAUUCAUUAGUUGAGGCUUUGAGUUUCUCAUAUGUAAAACAGGAGAGCUGAACAAUUCUUCACGUCUCUUCCAUUUCUCAUUGCCCAUGAGUAUGUACAAGGACUAAAUAUUGAAUUCAACCAGUCACCAACAAGGCAGAACUCAGUCGCCUAGCAGUAAGCUAUAGUCAUUCAUUUCAUCACUCUGAAAACUAUCAUUGAAUAAAAAAAAAAGAUGUGCCUGUAAUUCAGUGUGUACAGAGUAACAUGAUGUUUUAAGACAAAGUAUUUUGGACAUGAGAGACAGUUAUAUUUCAUAAAGCUCAGUCAGAAAAAAUAUGAAGAGCAUGACCCAAUGUUCUCUGCGAUCCUGCAUGGAGAACUGGAGGCAUGAUCCUGGAAGAAAUCCUCAUGGCUAAAUUCACUGCUUCAGCCACUGUCACGAGAUGGAGCCAACAGAGCAGGAGCAAAGAAACUGGGAUUCUCCACGUCCAUCCAGUCAAGCCGGCUUCAAUGCACUGAUGCCAGUUCUGCCUCUAUUUCAAGGAGGAGGAGGAGGAGGACUGGAAGCAGGGGCAGCUGAGCGAUGCAAGACAAAGGGAGGGAUAACGUGCAGUGGUCCCAGAAGGCAAAUAGCGGAGGGAAAAGGUGGGAAUUAAACUCUAAGGUAAAGGAAAGCAGUAAGAGAAUAGCGGAAAGAAGUGAACUACAAAAGAAGGUGAUGAAGCUAUAACACCAAAAAUAAUAAAAAGACAAUUCAGAGCGAAGUGCAGGGCAGUUAACAGGUGGACAGUGCAGUGGGAAAACACUGUGUAGGGAACUCAGCACUGUGCCUGUCAUAAUCAGGUAACGUUAAGUGAGCAGAGGAUGAGUAAAGGAAGGAGAAAAGAGCUAUUCAGUUAACAUACAAGUGAGAAGAUAUCCUAAGAAAUGGCAAUGGUGUACGAUAGAGUCAGGAAAAACAGUAUGCUGCUUCAUAAUAUCCAACAUUGAUAAUUAUAUUAAUGAAAAGAAAAAGAACACUGGACCUCCUAUAGUGGAAACCAAACAGACUGAAAAGAAGCAUAAAAUAGAAAAAACAAAGCACCAAGCACCAACAGUCACAGCAAAUCCAAACAUCCUGGGAACAUUUCAUCUUGAAGAGGAGCACAAAAUAUGUUUUAUGUUAGAGAUUCCAAAAUUGUUUUCUCCUGUGUCAGGAGACUCCCUAAAAUAUAUUUUCAUGGCAACUGGCCCAAGUUCAAAUUCAAGAAAGAAAAGAGGGGCAAGAUAUUGUACAAAGUACUAAAACAAGGUAGGAAGAUAGCAACAGUUCUCCAGUAAGCAGUUGUCAUUUAAAGAAAUACAGUUAUAAUCCCAAUAAAAGUCUUUAAACUAACAAAGUCUAUUUUAACAAAAGCAUUACCGACCAAAACCAUAUGUAUUUUAAAGCAAUAUGUACUACAAAACAGACUUUUUGGCCAACCGAAUAUUUAGUUUCAGUGAUUUCUGAACUAUUUUCCUAGUAACUGUGUGAAAUAAAGCACAGAUACUGAGAUGUGUAUUUUUACAAACUGAGGGCAAGCUCCUCCGACAGACUCACUUUACCGCAAUACUUGUUAUAUUGUGGUGGUCUGGACCUGACCCUGCAAUAUCUCCGAGGUGUGUCUGAUUUUAUCAGGAAUGUGACUGUCCUAAUAUAUGACUGAUAAUUAUGGGCUGAGUAAUGGAGUAAUUGAUAUAAAACACAAUUGUUUCUGGCACACAUUUAACUUUCUCCUUCUUCAGGGGACAUGUACCAUACAACUUGGCUUCAGACUUUGAGUCUGGGGCACAAAUUUGGCCUUUUAUCUGUUCCGCAAAAGAAGAGAAUUUUCCAAGAUGUGAAAAUUGCAUAAAAUUCAAAUUUCAUUGUCAGUAGACAAAGUUCUAUUGAAACAUAGUCACACUUGUUUGUUAACAUUUAUUGUCUGUGAUUGUAUUUUUGUUAGAAUGGCAGAGUCAGGUAGAUGCCGAAACAAAUAUCUGGCCAGCAAAGCCUAAAAUACAUACCAUCUGGCCUUUUGCAAAAAACAUUUGCUGACCUCUGUCUAGUGUGACCUGGACUAACAAGUAACUCAGGAACAGGAGCUUAAGAAAAACUUAAUUGACUAAUUUUUAAAAGCAAUCCUAAUAACUGCUAAUAAUACUAAUAAUUCAGUUAAGAAUACUAUGAAAGCUGACAAAAAUGGGGAAACUAUAUUUCAAGCUUUUUGUGAUAUAUUUAGUAGAUGUACAUGUAAUUCUAUGAAUGCACUAAAGUAUUCAAUUAAAAAACAGAUAAGAACAGAUCAAAGAAUUUGUGCCACAAAAUAAUGUGUUAUUGUUGAAUCUGAGGGAGGAAAUGGAGAUAUUUCUAGGCCUUCCAAACUCCUGGUAUUUUUGAAAAGAUUCAUAGACAUUUAGCAAAAUCACAGCAGAACUACUACUGUCCAUGUGAUUUGGAGAAACUGUGUAAAUUGUAUUUUUCAGCGUUCAUAAUUGUUCUCAAGAACUUUAAUCAUUUGCAAGAAUCACAGAAAUUAUUAAUGAUACUGAACUCAAGGGGUUCACCACUUGGGGAGCUCUCAAUUCAAAAACGAGAUGUGGAUAUUGCAAGGUAGUUUUAUUUAUUUUCAGCGAGUCAGGGAGACAGGGUGUUCAUAUCCUAAGGUUUGCCUUCCUGAAGGGAGGCUUAGACACUGCUUAUACAUGCUAUUUCAUCAAUUUUACAUGUUGCUUUCUUGUUUGCAGUUGGCUAUACUUAUCAGGUUGGGUUCCUAUCAAGUUUAUCCUAUUUAUAGCUGGUUUGCAAAAUGUUGUGCUACAUUUAACAUUCAACAAGGAUGCCAUUCAGUCAGAAUGGCCCAGACCUUGAGACACUUGUCCUAUCUAACAUAUACAGUAAAGUGAAACUAGCCAAUGACAGUUACCUGUGGAUCCAUGUUACAGUCUUCAAGUUCAGAAGAAUGACUAAUAGUGAAGUGCUCCCUCUCUCCAUUCUCUAUCUUGCCUUUUACAAUGUAUCCUGCCCUUUUUUUUGCCAUUGAACAUGUGUCUUAAAAUAUUAUCUGAAUUUUGAUUGAACCAUAUCAAUGUAUAAAUCCCUAAAUGUAAGCAGAUUAUUUUCCUCCUCUAAUCCCAUUACAAGUGUCUCAAAUAGGGCCAAGUGUGAGAACUCAAUAAAUUAUUUUGAAAAUGA